CCUAUCAGACGCGGUGGGACCGACUGAGGUGCGUCCGCGUCGCCUCCUCCUCCUCGCCCACCACUGCGCGUGACGUCAAACCAGCAUGGCGGUCAAGAUCCAGUCCACCAAACGGGGAGACCCAAGUGAGCUGAAAGCUAUUUUCCAAAAGUAUGCCAGCAUAGUGGACAAGGAUGGAGAGAGGUUCAUGACCCCGGCGGACUUUGUCCAGAAUUAUCUGGGACUACAGACGCAAAUUCACCACAACCCCAAAACUGUGCAGCUCAUCGCCGCCGUAGCUGACACCACAAAGGACGGGCUGAUCUCCUUCCAGGAGUUUCUUGCAUUUGAAUCAGUCUUGUGUGCACCUGAUGCCCUCUUCAUUGUCGCCUUUCAGCUGUUUGACAAGACUGGAACUGGCACCGUCUCUUACGAGAAUGCACGUGACAUCUUCAGCCAGACCACAGUACACCACCACAUUCCCUUCAACUGGGACUGCGAGUUCAUCCGGCUGCACUUCGGGAAUGAUCGCAAGAAACAGCUCAGCUACCUUGAGUUCACUCAGUUCCUGCAGGAGCUGCAGUUGGAGCAUGCACGUCAAGCGUUCGCCCAGAAAGAUAAGGAGAAAAAUGGUGCCAUCUCUGCGCUGGACUUUAGUGACAUCAUGGCCACCAUCAGACACCACAUGCUCACGCCGUUCGUGGAGGAGAACCUCGUCUCUGCUGCAGGGGGCAGCACUGCUCACAUGGUCAGCUUCUCCUACUUCAAUGCCUUCAACUCGCUGCUGAACAACAUGGAGCUGAUCCGUAAGAUUUACAGCACGCUGGCGGGCACACGGAAGGACACGCUGGUGACCAAAGAGGAGUUUGUUCACGCUGCCAACAAGUUCGGUCAAAUCACUCCGAUGGAAAUAGACAUCUUGUACCAGCUGUCUGGCCUCCACUCCCCUUCUGGACGUCUGAACCUCACGGACAUCGAAAGAAUAGCUCCAUUAGAGGAGGGGAGUCUGCCCUACAACCUUGUAGAAACCCAAAAACAGUCCCACGGCGAAGCAUCCAGGCCCAUUUGGCUCCAGGUUGCAGAGUCUGCCUACAGAUUCACUCUGGGCUCCAUUGCUGGAGCCACCGGCGCGACGGCUGUGUACCCCAUUGACUUGGUGAAGACUCGCAUGCAGAAUCAGCGGUCCACAGGAUCAUUUGUUGGGGAGCUGAUGUACAAGAACAGCUUCGAUUGCGCUAAGAAGGUGCUUCGCUACGAGGGUUUCUUUGGCUUCUACAGAGGUCUGGUUCCUCAGCUCAUUGGUGUAGCACCUGAGAAGGCUAUCAAACUCACUGUGAAUGACUUUGUAAGAGAUAAAUUCACUCAAAAAGACGACACGAUUCCUUUAUUUGCUGAGAUUCUGGCUGGUGGCUGUGCCGGAGGCUCCCAGGUCAUCUUUACCAACCCGUUGGAGAUAGUGAAGAUUCGCCUGCAGGUAGCAGGUGAGAUCACCACAGGGCCUCGUGUCAGCGCGCUCAGUGUCGUCCGUGACCUCGGCUUCUUCGGUCUGUACAAGGGUGCUAAAGCUUGCUUCCUGAGGGAUAUUCCCUUCUCAGCCAUCUAUUUUCCUGCGUAUGCUCAUCUUAAAACUCAACUAGCGGAUGAUCAAGGCAGACUAGGACCUCUGCAGCUUCUUACUGCCGGAGCAAUUGCAGGUAUCCCUGCAGCCUCUCUUGUGACGCCUGCUGAUGUCAUCAAGACGCGUCUGCAAGUAGCUGCAAGAGCCGGACAGACGACUUACACAGGAGUCAUGGACUGCUUCAGAAAGAUUUUGCGAGAGGAAGGCUUUAGUGCUUUGUGGAAAGGAGCUGGAGCUCGUAUGUGCCGCUCCUCCCCUCAGUUCGGUGUGACUCUUGUGACCUAUGAACUCCUGCAGCGAUGGUUCUACAUUGAUUUUGGAGGACAUCGUCCAGCGGGUUCUGAACCGACACCCAAGUCUCGCAUUUCUGAGCUUCCUCCCAUCAACGCGGACCACGUCGGGGGCUACCGCCUGGCUGCGGCCACUUUUGCCGGGGUGGAGAACAAGUUUGGUCUCCACCUUCCGAAGUUCAAGUCCUCCGGCGUGGUCUCCAUUCAUCACUUGGAGUCGGCCUCCGCCAAGCCAGCCCAGACACCAUAAAAACAUCAACAUCUUGACAUCACUUCUCCACCACCAGGGGCCAGACACAGAGAUAAACACAAGCGAAGCACAGAGUUGAUACCCGACUUCACGCCAGAGACUAUCAAACGCAGGAGCGAACACCGGUGCGUUGCUCUCUCCUGAGUGAAGCUGUGCUCCAGCAGUCACCGGCCAGCUGUUGGCGUAGAGAGGCAGCUGCCACAAAGCAUACAGCAACAGGAACGGAGCGCUGACUGUGUUGUAUCUUUAGUGGCUGUGUGCUCCUGGGAACUUCAUUUUUGUGUGUUUUUCUCUUGAGCAUUUGUGUAAAAUUGAACCUUUGAGCACUCCUUUUUGUCUCUCAUGAAUAGAUGAUUGAUUUGUUUAUUUUUUUGGAGUCUGAUCCUCAGUAUGAGUAGGACUUCUCUUAUUGGGCAGUGGGAAUAGAAAAUAUUUGAUGAUUUGCACAGUGUGUGGGGGCUCCCCUCUCGGCAGCUCCUCUAACAGGAGGCUACAUACUGUACAUAUUGUAAAGCUGUACUGAGAAAAUGUUACAAGACGAAGCUCCGAAACAUUUAGGCUGCAUCAUUACACCAAAGGUAAUGUUAUGGCAACCUGGGGCCUUUGGUCCUGGUGGCUGAGAAUCACUCUUACUGAUGUACAGAACUUUACAUUUAAGUGUUUUCUUGAUGAAACAAAAAUGAUGAGCAAAGAAUAAGGUAUAAAUAAAUUAAGUGUAUCUCAAUCUAGUCAUUGUAUUUUAAUGAAAUAAAUAACCCAUAUGGUUUUAUUAUAA